AUGGCAUCCCUUGCUCUUCUCCGUCCCUGCACAUUCCAUCACACCCACAAGCCUUCUACCCUAACCCUCAAACCAAAACCCAAUUCCCUUUCAUUCUCACCCUUAACACCACCACCAUCAAAACUCAAACUCCGAAACCCCGUCGUUAAAGCCAACCUAUCCUCACCCGCACCACCGGAGCGGUUGAUCUCAAUUGCCGCAUACGCACUUCCAUUCUUCAAUUCCCUUCAAUAUGGUCACAACAUCCUUACACAAUACCCUAAAUUCGCCCUCCUCUUCGAACCUAUCAUUCCCUUCCUUUCAUUCUACAGAUCUCUCCCUUACGCUUCGUUUGUCGCAUUCUUUGCUCUCUACUUGGGGAUAGUGAAAAACCCUAGUUUCCCUCAAUUCGCUAGAUUCAACGCUAUGCAAGCACUCACGCUCGAUGUUCUCCUCGUACUUCCGCUUCUGUUUCAGAGAAUCUUCUCUCCCGGUCGAUAUGGAUUGGCGUUUAAGGUUAUGGUUUGGUCUCACAAUGCGGUGUUCAUUUUUAGUAUUCUCUGUUUUGUUUAUAGUGCUUUGUCUUGUCUUUUGGGUCGCACUCCUUACUUGCCUUUUGUUGGUGAUGCUGCUGCCAGACAAAUCUGA